UAUAUUAUCAUAUCAACCCCUAUAUAUACAUCUUCACUCUCACCACACAAACACAACACACUUAACAAAACCAUAGUCACACAACAUGCAAACCUAUCUUUCACAUGUUCUCUUGGUGAGUACUCUCGUACUCUUGAGCGUAUGUGCUCGUAUCGGAGAGUCCCGUCCUCCGUUCGCGUGCGACCCGCGCGAUCGGAUGACCGGGAACUUGCCCUUCUGCCGGGUGUCCCUCCGGAUGGAGGAUCGGGUGAGGGACUUGAUCGGACGGCUGACAUUGCAGGAGAAGGUGAGGCUGCUGGUGAACAAUGCCGCGGCGGUGCCUAGGCUGGGGAUGAAAGGGUACGAAUGGUGGUCGGAGGCUCUUCACGGGGUGUCCAAUGUGGGACCAGGCACCAGGUUUGGCGGGGCCUUCCCUGGGGCCACCAGCUUCCCUCAAGUCAUCACCACCGCCGCUUCCUUCAAUGCCUCUUUGUGGGAACAAAUCGGACGGGUGGUGUCUGAUGAAGCAAGAGCAAUGUACAACGGGGGAAUGGCUGGUCUAACGUAUUGGAGCCCAAAUGUGAACGUAUUCAGAGAUCCAAGAUGGGGCAGAGGUCAAGAAACCCCCGGUGAAGACCCCGUCUUGGCCGGCAAGUACGCUGCCAGCUAUGUCCGGGGGCUUCAAGGUAACGUCGUGAAUCGAUUGAAGGUCGCCGCUUGUUGCAAACACUACACAGCCUAUGACCUUGAUAACUGGAAUGGCGUCGAUCGCUUCCAUUUCAAUGCCAGGGUUAGCAAGCAAGACUUGGAGGAUACAUAUGAUGUACCAUUCAAGGCAUGUGUAGUGGAUGGGAAUGUUGCUAGUGUAAUGUGCUCAUAUAAUCAGGUUAAUGGCAAGCCCACUUGUGCCGACUCUAACCUUCUCCGCAACACCAUCCGCGGUGAAUGGCGCCUUAACGGGUAUAUUGUCUCGGAUUGCGACUCGGUUGGGGUCUUAUUUGACAGCCAGCACUACACGGCCACUCCAGAAGAUGCAGCUGCAGCCACCAUCAAAGCAGGUUUGGAUUUGGACUGUGGGCCUUUCCUUGCAGUUCACACUGAGGCCGCCAUACAGAAAGGGAAGUUGAGCCAGGCCGACGUUAAUGGGGCCUUGACUAACACUAUUAUGGUCCAAAUGCGUCUGGGCAUGUUUGACGGGGAGCCCUCUAGGCAGCCAUUCGGAAACUUGGGCCCAAGGGACAUCUGCACACCGGCCCACCAACAGUUGGCCCUCGAGGCAGCCCGUCAAGGCAUUGUCUUGCUUCAAAAUAAUGGAAGGUCACUCCCACUUUCUACCACUCGCCACCACACUGUGGCAGUCAUUGGGCCCAAUUCUGAUGUUACCGUCACCAUGAUAGGAAAUUAUGCUGGUGUUGCAUGUGGUUACACCACUCCUUUAGUAGGGAUAGCAAGAUAUGUUAGGACAAUUCAUCAGCCUGGGUGCACUAAUGUGGCUUGCAAUGGGAACCAGCUAUUUGGGGUUGCCGAGGCGGCAGCCCGGCAGGCGGACGCAACCGUCUUAGUGAUGGGCCUGGACCAAUCGAUUGAAGCCGAAGGUAGAGACCGCGCUGGGCUUCUCCUACCAGGCCACCAACAAGAGCUCAUUUCUAGGGUGGCCAGGGCCUCUAGAGGCCCAACUGUGUUGGUCUUGAUGUCCGGUGGGCCAAUUGAUGUUUCAUUUGCUAAGAAUGAUCCACACAUUUCGGCCAUAGUGUGGGCUGGCUACCCGGGCCAAGCUGGAGGAACUGCCAUUGCAGAUGUUCUAUUUGGUACCACCAAUCCAGGAGGAAAGUUACCAAUGACAUGGUAUCCCCAAAACUAUGUAGCCAAGGUGCCAAUGACAAUAAUGGACAUGCGAGCUAACCCAUCUAAAGGGUACCCCGGCCGAACCUACCGGUUCUACAAGGGCUCGGUGGUGUUCCCGUUCGGGUACGGGAUGAGUUACACCACAUUCACGCACACCCUAGCCAAUGCUCCAACCCUAAUUUCGGUACCCCUCGCACGUAGUCAUGGGAUCGAAAAUUCGACAAUGUUGAGAAAUGCCAUACGAGUUACACACACGAAUUGUGACACACUUUCACUACGUGUACACAUUGACGUGAAGAACACUGGCGCCAUUGACGGAACUCACACACUUCUAGUUUUCUCGGCCCCUCCCGCUGGAAAAUGGGCUCCUAACAAGCAAUUAGUAGGGUUUGAGAAAGUUCAUGUGGUGGGUGGAGGUCAGCAAAGGGUUAGGGUUGAUAUUGAAGUAUGCAAGCACUUAAGUGUUGUGGACCAAUUCGGAAUUAGAAGAAUUCCAAUGGGUGAACAUAGUCUUCACAUUGGUGAUCUCAAGCAUUCUCUCUCUCUCCAAGCUGCUUUGGGAAAGAUCAAGUCCUAGUAAAAAUUUACUGGAUUGACCAUUAUACAAAGUGCCAUAAAUGACAACAGCAAGUGUAAAAAGGGACAUGGUUAUUAGUCAUUACCAAUAAAACAAAGGACUAGUUAGUCUUAAAGUGUAUUAUUUUACAUUUGAUAGGAUUUGUUACACACGAGGAUUGCAUAAGUGUAAUGUUGUAGGUUGGUGUGCUUUAUCUCUCACUCCCGAAGGGAGUGAAAAUGUGACAAUACCCUCUCUUACCUUUUGUUUAAGAAAUAAAAAAUUAAAAAGGUGUGUUUUAUAUAUAA